CGCAGUGAGGGAGUGCCAUCGUGGGAGCGGUUCGCUCCUUCACAUCAGACCUCUGCUAUCCCUCCAAGCCGGAGGACCGAGGAGGAGCCGCCGUGCUGCGUUGCUCUCUGCGGACUCACGGAUAAUAGCGCACUACAGCUGAGAAAAUGGUUUUGCUGCUGCCGAUGGUUACCCUUUACACGCUGAGCGUCUUUAGCGGAGCAUCCGCCGCCACUCACCAUAAUUGUAACGGCCCUCUGGUAUCGGCGCUGCCCCAUUCAUCCUUUCAGAGCUCGUCUGAGUCCUCCGUCAGCUAUGCUGCCUACAACGCCAAGCUGAACAGAAGAGAUGGUGCAGGAGGUUGGUCUCCAAUGGUGACUGACCAAGAGCCCUGGCUCCAGGUGGACCUCAGGGAGCAGAUGGAGGUGACUGCUGUAGCCACACAGGGACGCUAUGACAGCUGGGACUGGGUCAGCAGUUACCUGCUGCUCUACAGUGACACAGGCCGGGCUUGGAAACAGUACAGACAUGAGGAUGGCGUGGGGAGGUUUGUCGGGAACGGGAACUCGGAGAGCGUCGUUCAGAACAAGCUGUCGCACCCCGUGAGGACACGCUUCCUGCGAUUCGUCCCUCUUGACUGGAACCCCAGUGGCUGGAUGGGCCUCAGGGCGGAGGUGUACGGGUGCUCCUACAAGUCAUACGUGGCAGACUUUGAUGGCAGAAGCUCGUUGCUGUAUCGGUUCAACCAGAAGUCGAUGUCGACGGUCAAGGACGUGAUCUCUCUGCGCUUCAAAAGCCAUCAGGCCGAGGGCGUAUUACUGCAUGGAGAGGGGCAGCGAGGAGAUUACAUCACCCUAGAACUUCACAGAGGAAGACUGGACCUCUACCUCAACUUAGAUGAUAGCCGAGCGAGGUUCAGCAGCCAUCGUGUUCCCGUCACUGUGGGCAGUCUGCUGGAUGACCAGCACUGGCACUCGGUUCAUAUAGAGCGCUUCAACAAGCAGGUUAACCUCACAGUGGACUCCUACACACAGCGCUUCCAAACCAAAGGGGAAGGACACUCACUGGAGGUGGACUACGAGCUGAGCUUCGGAGGGAUCCCGUUGCCGGGUAAGCCCGGCACCUUUCUGAGGAAGAACUUCAAUGGUUGCAUGGAAAACCUCUACUACAACGGGAUCAAUGUCAUAGAUCUGGCAAAGAGACGCAAGCCGCAGAUACACAGCGUGGGCAACGUGACCUUCUCGUGUUCGCAGCCCCAGCUGGUGGCUUGCACCUUCGUGAGCUCCAGCAGCAGCUUCCUGUCGCUCCCGUCAGCGUCGCCCGCUGUGGGGGGUUUCUCCGUUCGCUUCCAGUUCAGGACGUGGAACCCGGAGGGGUUGCUGCUCUCCGUCCAACUCAACCCAGAUCCACAGAAACUGAGGCUGCAGAUCAGCAACAGCUGGCUACGCCUGACCCUCCACAGCUCGGGACGACAGAAAUCAGAGGCGUCAGCCGGCAGGAGAGUCAGCGACGGGCUGUGGCACUCUGUGAGCCUCGACGCCAGGAGCCUGCAGAUCACUCUGACCGUGGAUAACGAGCCCUCCUCCACUAUUGAACUUUGGGAACAAGUGCAAUCCAGAGGCAGCUUUUACUUUGGAGGCUGUCCUGCGACUGCUCCAGACUGCCAGGGCUUUGCUCCGGCGUUCCAGGGUUGUAUGCAGCUCAUAUUCAUCAACAGCCAGCUGAUGAAUCUCAGUCACGUGCAGCAAGGACUGCUGGGGAAUUAUAACGAGCUUCAGUUCGACACGUGCAAUAUAAAAGACAGAUGCCUUCCUAACCUGUGCGAACACGGAGCGCGCUGUUCUCAGAUGUGGAGCUCUUUCUCCUGUGACUGCUCGGGGACGGGUUACGCUGGAGCGACAUGUCACAACUCCAUUUACGAGUCUUCCUGCGAGGCCUACAAGCUGAGCGGCAGCUCGUCGGGCUUCUACUUCAUCGAUCCAGAUGGGAGUGGUCCUCUGGGGCCCACACAGGUAUACUGCAACAUGACAGAGAAGAAGGUGUGGACCGUGCUGUCCCACAACAGCACCGCUCCGGUCACAGUUCAGACCUCGUCCCUUCAGAAACCUCACGUCAUGACUUUCAACUACAGCGCUUCGGCCGAACAACUACGCGCCAUCGUAUCCGGGUCGGAACAGUGCCAACAGGAAGUGGUUUACAACUGCAGGAAGUCCCGUCUGUUUAACACAAAAGAUGGCAGUCCGCUUUCUUGGUGGCUGGACCGGGAAGGAGAAAAGAGGAGCUACUGGGGAGGCUUCCUGCCUGGAGUCCAGCAGUGCUCCUGCAGCCUGGAGGAGAACUGCAUCGACAUGAACUACUUCUGCAACUGUGAUGCUGACACAGACACAUGGGCUAAUGACACAGGAGUCCUCUCCUACAAAGACCACCUACCAGUGAGCCAGAUAGUGAUCGGAGACACCGACAGAAUGGGCUCGCAGGCCGUCUACCACAUCGGGCCUCUGCGUUGUUAUGGAGACAGGUCGAUCUGGAACGCAGCCUCUUUCUACCAGGAGUCGUCGUACCUGUACUUCCCCACCCUGCAGGCAGAGCUGGCGUCUGACAUCUCCUUUUACUUCAAGACCAGCGCUCCUUCUGGAGUGUUCCUGGAGAACCAGGGCCUCAAGGACUUCAUCAGAGUGGAGCUUAGCUGUGAGUGCACGUUGUGUCUGCAGUAUGAGACGUGCAGAGGAACGGCGUCCCAGCAGAGAGGCUUCCUGGGCUGCAUCAGGUCUCUGACCGUCAACGGUGUCAGCUUCGAUCUGGAGGAGAGGGCCAAGAUGACGCCGGGAGUGAGCGCCGGCUGUCCCGGCUACUGCACCGGCUCCAGCAGCCUCUGCCACAACCGAGGGAGGUGCGUGGAGAAAAGCAACGGCUACAUCUGUGACUGCUCGCAGUCUGCCUACGGAGGAACCACCUGCAACCAAGAGGUGUCUGUGUCCUUCGACAGAGAGUCCUCCGUCACCUACACCUUCCAGGAGCCCUUCUCAGUGAUGCAGAACAGAAGCUCUCAGGCCUCCACCUCCUCCACGGACAGCAGAGCCAGAGAGGACGUGGCCUUGAGCUUCGUCACCUCCCAGAGACCCGCCAUGCUGCUCACUGUCAGCACCUUCAGCCAGCAGUACAUCGCCGUCAUCCUGGCCACAAAUGGGAGCGUGCAGAUCUGGUAUCACCUGCAGACAGGCAAGAAACCGGACGUCUUCACUCCCACCCCGAGCAAUCUGGCAGAUGGACGUCUUCAUCGAAUCAGAAUCCACCGAGUCGGCAAAAACCUCUAUGUACAGAUCGACCAGGACGUCCACAGGAAGUACACGCUGUCAUCUGACGCAGAGCUGAUCCUCAUACGAUCGCUGACGUUAGGCAAAGUCACCAGGAUGGAGAAUUUUGAUGAGGAAGUGAUACAAGGAGCUUCUAAAGGUUUCAUUGGCUGCCUUUCCUCAGUCCAGUUUAAUCACGUCGCACCACUGAAGGUAGCGCUGACCAAUCGCGGGAGCUCAUUGGUCACCGUCCGUGGCCCGCUGGUCCAAUCAAAUUGUGGCGCGCUAGCCGAGUCGCAUACGCUGCAAGGUGUGGUCACUGCAGUGGUCUUCAUAACCGUGUGCGCGCUGGCUGUGGUGAUCCGCCUGGUGUACCAGCAGCGGCGGGCCCAGAGGAGCGGCGGCGGCGGCGACAUCAAAGAGGAGCACAGACACAGCAUGUACACAGACUACAGGACUGAGCUGCACCUCCACAACCCAGUCAGAGACAGCGUGAAGGAAUACUACAUCUGACUGCGGCGUGCAGCCGAUGUCACAAACGUACCUCUUUCUCCUAAAGGACUCACAGGUGGACGUGCUGCCGCAGGACUUCUUACAACGCUGCAUAUCUGCGCCCUGGAAGCUCCCCGGGGACACAAAGUCAGCCGACGCCACUCUCAACGCUCCUGUAAAAGCCAGCGGCUGAAUCUGUGCAGCUCGUAGUGUAUUUGAUGUUGGUGAAAUUGUCAGAAUCAAGCUGCCGUGGUUUCCGUCAUUGCGAAAUGUGUAAAGCAAAAGUCGAUCGUUCCCAGGGGCGAGCGCGGGGGCGCGGACGAGCGGCGAGCGCAGACGCUGCCGACCUGAAUGUGCACAACAAUAUCUCCACGUUUCUGUGGGACUCACUAAAUUGUAUUUGUUAGUCAGGAAAUGUAGGCCAGGCCUGUAAGAUAUGCAUCCAUCCGCUGCUCUGUUUGUUUUUCCACUGGGGGUGAACGUCGCAGAAGGGACAACACUGCCUACACUGUGCGAGUGCCUAAUUUGCAUAUUUGUUUUGAUUCGAGUUCUCGGCGUGACCCUCACAGACGCACGUUUCCCCAGAAAAGAGCUUAUUGUCAUUCGCUGCAGGAAACAGAAGAAAAUGGGAACUUCACAGGAUUUCAUCGUCUCGAGAGCCCAGCCGUUGGCGAUGGGUGACCAUCGCUAACAUGGCUGUUUACCGCGGCGCUGUUGGAAACUGACAGAUGCAACAGGCCCGUAGAUUCUUUGUUGAUGUGCAGCGAGGGCCUCAUUUAUCAACGUCUGCAGAAAGAAAGUAA